AUGAAAGACGCGGACCAUCCCAUGAUUAAGAGCAAAAGAGACAUUAACGACCUGACCGAGAUGAGAUCAUUGACUCGGAGUUUGGGGAGUUUGGGUCUGAGCGUGAAGCUGCUCCACAACAUCGAAGUCGACCACAUAACGAUCAACCCGGGCGAGAAGUACGGCAAUACGAGACUAGAAAGUCCUAUUCUAGGUUUAGUGUCUCAUGAGCUCUAUUAA